CUGUGAAGAUGGCGUCGGGCAGCGGGACAAAAAACUUGGACUUUCGCCGAAAGUGGGACAAAGAUGAAUACGAGAAGCUCGCCGAGAAGAGGCUCACGGAAGAGAGAGAAAAGAAGGAUGGAAAACCAGUGCAGCCAGUCAAACGGGAACUUCUGCGGCAUAGGGACUACAAAGUGGACUUGGAAUCUAAGCUUGGGAAGACAAUUGUCAUUACCAAGACCACCCCACAGUCUGAGAUGGGAGGAUAUUACUGCAAUGUCUGUGACUGUGUGGUGAAAGACUCUAUCAACUUCCUGGAUCACAUUAAUGGAAAGAAACAUCAGCGAAACCUAGGUAUGUCUAUGCGUGUGGAACGUUCCACCCUGGAUCAGGUGAAGAAACGUUUUGAAGUCAACAAGAAAAAGAUGGAAGAGAAGCAGAAAGAUUAUGAUUUUGAAGAAAGGAUGAAAGAGCUCAGAGAAGAGGAGGAAAAGGCUAAAGCAUAUAAGAAAGAGAAACAGAAGGAGAAGAAGAGGAGGGCCGAGGAAGACUUGACAUUUGAAGAAGAUGAUGAGAUGGCAGCUGUGAUGGGCUUCUCUGGCUUUGGUUCCACCAAGAAGAGUUACUGAGGCUUUCUAUGCUUGGCCUAACUUUGGCCUAUGCUGGACCUAACUUUGUGUGUGUGUUAGGGGGAUCAUUUCUUUUUGGGUACUGGGGAAAGUCCUUAAGAGUGUCUGUGGGCAGGGCUAAAGGGUGGGUGUUUGUGGCUUCCCUCUACUGUGGGAGAGGACACAGGAUGCAGAGGUAAUGCUGUGGCAAAUUCCUUUAGCUUCCAGUAUAUCACUGGAGUCACAAGACCUCUGCCCAUCUGAGUUCCCAAUAAAGAAAGGCCUCCCCUUCUGAGACUGCUUUCCCAAAACUCCCUCUGCAUCUUUCCCUCUUCAUCUAUCUAACCUCUUGUCUGAGCAUCCUACCUUUAUCCUGUGUUCUGCCUUUGUUUUAUUUUUUGACUUGUUCAGCUUGCACCAGAAGGAUUCUCUGGGUCCCCAUUUUCCAGCAGAUGCCAUAUUUUUGACCAGCCCUGCCUCCCAUCCUGCCCUAUGGUUCUCUAGCCUCCUCCUGUGCAUGCAUGUGUAUUUCUGCCUGGGUCAAUGGUAUGUGUGGAUUGUGUGCAUGAAUCUGUCACAAAGAGGGGAGCCUGAGCUAGAAUCUCAGAGCAUUGCUGCCCUGGGGCCUGAUGUUCUUGGUUUCCUUAGCGCAUGUAACAGGAAAUUAAAUGGGAUGAGUGUUUGGUGUG